AUGGCAGCGACUUCUCCGCACAUCGCGGCACGAGCCUAUGGAUCAAAUGCCACAUACAUAUAUGACUACUCGAGGGGGUUGGACGGCGUGGACGUACCUCGGGAUGUGAUCAUUACUCGAAUCAUCUACAUUUCCUUGGCUGCAGUGGCAGUCGGAUUAUUCUGUGGCCGAGUGGCCCAAAUGAGCUAUGCCUAUCUACGCCGAAUCACCGCAUCGGGUGCAAAUAAACAGCAGCAGAACUUCUGGGCCCAGGAACAAUCAAGAUGGUGGCCCAAUCUCAAGAAACACCUGCUCUACGCCCCAUUAGGGACUAAGAGGCACAAUCGAGAACUGCAGCUUUCUUCCGUGGUCAGUGUUGGCACCUUGCCCUCCCGACUGCAAGCCAUCAUGGUCAUACUAUACUUCGUCAGUCAAGUUACAUACUGCGUCUACCUGGAUUACAGCGUCAACAACAAGGCAGCCCUGGUGGCUGAACUCCGUGGCCGAUCCGGGACGCUGGCUGUCCUCAACAUGAUACCUCUCUUCAUCCUCGCUGGAAGAAACAACCCCUUGAUCCCGAUCCUGCACAUCAGUUUUGACACAUACAACCUCCUCCACCGCUGGCUGGGCCGCAUCGUCGUUCUCGAGUCAGUCGUGCACACAGUCGCAUGGGCCGUCAACGCCGUUGACGAGGAAGACUUCACCCACAUGCUCGCCCGCCUCCGCAACACCCCCUUCUUCUCCUGGGGUCUGCUAGGCACAUGUUCAAUGAUUUUCCUCAGCCUCCAUUCCCCCUCGCCUAUCCGCCACGCCUUCUACGAAACCUUCUUGCAUCUACACCAGCUCGCCGCAGUCCUCGCCUUCAUCGGCAUCUACGUGCAUCUCCGAAUCGACAACCUCCCCCAGCAAACCUGGGCAAGAAUAAUCGCCGCAAUCUGGCUAGGCGACCGACUUGCCCGUCUAUUCCGCCUCCUCCACCUCAACGUCUCAACCUCCGGCACAACAGCAAUGGUCGUCCAAGCCCUCCCCGGCGAAGCCUGCCGCGUAACCUUCCACCUCCCAAAACUCGUCCACAUCCAACCAGGCUGCCACGUCUUCGCCUACAUCCCCAAAAUCUCCUGGUGGAUGUCCCACCCCUUCUCAAUCGCCUGGGCAGAGCCCAGCACCAACGCCGUCCUCCCCUCCUCCCCAACCCACCAAGACACCAAAUACCAAGACCUGGAAAAACAAUCCAUCCAGUCCAAAUCCAAACCAACAACCCAAGUCUCCCUCAUCAUCGGCGCCCAGAAGGGCAUGACCAGACGUCUCUACGAUCUCGCCAACGCCUCGCCCUCGAAAUCCCUCAGCCUAACUGGCUUCAUCGAAGGCCCCUACGGCUCCCACCCAACAGACCCCGCCAGCUACGGUACAACCAUCCUCUUCAGCGCCGGUGCCGGAAUCACACAUCACCUCCUUUACACACGCCAGCUGGUCAUCCAAGCAGCCCAGCACUCAGCCGCAACCCGCAAAGUCUACCUCAUCUGGUCCGUCCGCUCGACAGACCACCUCGCCUGGGUGAGCAGCUACAUGGACGAGAUCCUGCAUCUACCCGGUCGACGCGAUAUACUAGUCAUCAAGCUGUUUGUCUCGAAGCCGCGCCGAGUAGCGGAUGUGGUUUCUCCAUCGCAGACGGUGCUGAUGCACUCCGGUCGGUGCAGGCCGGAAGUGGUGCUCGAUGAGAUAUUGCCUGAUAGGGCGGGUGCAGCGCUGGUGAGUGUUUGUGGGCCUGGUGCUUUUGCAGAUGAAGUCCGGGCUGCGGCGAGAGCGAGGAUCGGGAAAGGUGCAGUGGUGGAUUUUGUAGAGGAGGCUUUUACGUGGUGA